AUGGAUCCAUCAGAACAUUUUCACGAGGACAGUCACUCACUGAACCAUAGGUCCAGAGCCAGCAGCGGUGUCUCGACAACAAAAAGUUUGCUCAACACGCUUCAACUGUCUAGCUCGCCACGAGGAGCGCAAACACUUGACCUUAGUGGCCCACAGUCGUCUUCAGCAUCCUCGCAAAGAACAACAUCUUCACCGUAUAUUAGUCCCGAGCUCGCCGUCCGGCACAUCCAGGGCUUCCUACCAACUCCUGCAUCACAGACUUCACAUGCGCCCUUUCCGCAGCUCUCCGAAGAUAUUUUAAACGCAGAUUGGUUCAACGUUCAAACGUCGCAGCCGUCGGAUCAAGGCCCUCCUCUUCUGAAAGUCGACCCCGUGGACCAACACCCUCAGAAUUCGAAUCCGUCCACCUCCCUUCCGACUCCUCUGUCUGCCAACAUGAGGUUUGUGCCCUCUUCCGAUCAGGCCUCAGUCCUCACCAGUCACAACUUCUUGCAUGGCGCCUCGUCCUGGGAAUCAACUAACUCUCUGUAUAGCGCCGUGGCAUCACUGAACUUUGACCCGAUGUUCGAUAUGGGACCCCGCUCUUCUUAUAGCUGGUCUGUGCUUGAGUCUGGUAACAACAGUGGACUUCUAGGUCACCAAUUGGGUAACUACGGCUCGGAAGCUAGUCUUACUCCUCCCAGCGGUACUAGCUCCGUCACAGCAAGUCCGCCGCGCAACAUGUCAGCAGAGCAACGCGAACUUAAGCGUCAGCAAGAUCAGGCGCGUCGCAACUCAAAGAACGCUGCCAGGAUGAGAAGGGCAGGCAGCGGUUCGACAUACGGGCAGUCUCCGCCAGUUUCUAUUGCAGAGCUCGCAACCCCUGCCUCUCUUCCUGUUUACACUACUGGUCCAACGCAAAUUUCACUACUCGCCGAGCCGCCGACAUCCCUCACCUCCGCAGCAUCCUACAGCCUUCCAACCUACUCAACUUCUCUCCCGUCGGACCCGCAAAGCCAGACAGUCUUCUCGAACCCGUACCAACCUCAAUCGUACCUGCAGGAAUAUCAACCUGCAUAUCCGACGACCACGCCGCCAGGAUUACCUUCACAUUAUGGGUUAGCUGAUUCCUUGCUGGGAGAUGACUUCUCACAAGCAGCAACGGCGCUAACACUCCCGCACAGUCGUGUCAACCUCGGAGCCCACGACCAGCAGCAUCGGCAGCAGGCCCCUGGUCUCAUGUAUGCGAACGCGAUGUCGAUGAUGGGUCCCGUACCUGGCUCUUCGCCGCCACACCACCAAUCUGCGGCUCAUGUCCAACAGCAAGACGCAGCCCACAACGUUCGAGUGGUGGGAAGCCGGCCCAAGCCGCAAUGCUGGGAGCAUGGGUGCAACGGUCGCCAGUUUUCAACCUUUAGCAACCUUCUCAGGCACCAGCGGGAGAAGUCUGGCCAAGCAACGAAGUCUGUCUGCCCGAACUGCGGGGCUGAAUUUACUCGAACGACGGCGAGGAACGGUCAUCAACAAAACGACAAGUGCAAAGCACGACGCAGCACAUAGCCUGUAUUAAGAUCGCCUUCACAGGCAGUUGGACAUGAAUUCUCGAGACCGGAGACGAAUUUCAACCUCGUCUAUACCAAUUCACGGUCUUUUCUCUCUAAAUUUUCAUCUUUGCUUGGUAUUUGAUAUUAAGGAAAAAAGCGUUAUGAUAUUCCUUGGGUUGCCCUCCCCAAGAAAAAUGAAUUGAUGGGACGGCGGCGUUAUGUUGGACUGUUUACUCCUUUCCCCCUUCUUAUUCUUCUUCAUCGGUCACCUUCUUUUUCUUCUUUCUUGGUUUCAUGACUGUUGAUAUCAGCCGUGGGCCGUCAAACUUGAUGAGAAUAAGCGUUACCACACUGGGAGGUGCUACUUUGAUUGGCUUGAAACUUUUUUUCUUCUUCUAUUUGAUACCACCAUCUUCUAGAAUUUGUGACUCUUUUAACAUUGGUUUCUUGAUUGUCAUAUUUAGGAUUUUGAAGGCCAUUUUGGUCCUUAUUUUGGCUUGGGUUCCAUAGUCCAUAUUCAUUCUUGGUACCGCAGGGGCGGUUUGCUAUAGCCCCGCUGUUGUCAAUACAGUUUGCUGUUCAAUUCUUGUCCA